AUGGCUCAACACCCCGAAAACCAAGCAGCUUGGCUGAACGGGUCCAAGGCGACCUUGGUGGUUGGUGUUGCUCCUUACACACCUCCUGGCCCUGGCCAACUCGUUGUUCGCAAUGCCGCCAUUGGCAUCAAUCCAAUCGACUGGCUAAAGCAAUCUCUGGGUGAAACCAUCCUCCCUCAAAUCCGAUACCCUACUAUUUUCGGCGAAGACAUUGCUGGCACUGUCGUCGCCAUUGGUGAUGGAACUACUCGUUUCAAGGUUGGGGACCGUGUUCUUGCCGUCGCUGGCCUUAUUCCUUCGAACAACACUCCCGAAGGUGCCUUUCAACACUAUACUGUCGUCCGUGAGUGGCUGACUGCCCCUCUGCCCUCGAAUAUCAGCUUCGAACAGGGCUGUGUCCUGCCACUUGCCUUGAUCGUUGCUGGUCUUGGUCUCUUCGGAAAGGACUAUAUGGGCCUUGACCUGCCCACUGUUCCAGCCCGCCCGAAAGAUCCAACCAGACGCCGCGUUGUGAUCGUAGCGGGUGGUGCAUCUGCUGUCGGCGGAACAGCCGUUCAACUUGCUGCUCAUGCCGGCUACGAAGUCGUCUCUACCUCCUCCCCGAAAAACUUCGCUCUCGUCAAGAGUCUCGGAGCCUCGCAUGUCAUCGACUAUCACGACUCAGAUGUGGCAGACCAGCUUCUCAAUGCCGUGCGUGGCAGCGAAAUUGUUGGUGCUCUCUCGCUGGGUGACGGCACUGCAGAUUACCUGGCUACUGUUCUUAACAGUCAUGAAGGCCCUGUCAACAAGUUCAUCGCGCGUGCUGAGGGCAAGCAUGACGUCCCCGAGGAUGGAGAGGUUGAUGUCAAGUUCAUUUUGAUCUCACCUUCAGUCAUCGGCCCAGAAAGCCCUUUGAGGCCUAUCUUCGAAGGAUACCUGCCCAAAGCCCUGAAGGGUCAAUUUGUCCCAAGACCAACACCCGAAGUUGUGGGUAAAGGCCUCGAUCAGAUUCAGAAUGCAUUGGAGAUUCUUCGGAAAGGUGUUUCAGCCAAGAAGAUCGUUGUUCAGUUGUAG